AUGUCGAUCAAAACCUUGGACUUCAAACGCUAUUGCAGCGACGAUCCGCAAGUCCGUCAACAUUUCAGCGAGGAACUCUGUGAAACGCUCUCAGUGCACGGAUUUGCCAAGAUCCGUAACACCUCCCUCUCUCAGGAGACGAUUGACCGGUUGUUUGAGUUUAACCGACAGUUCUUUGAGCUGCCCGACUCCAUUAAGAGUCAAGCGGCGCACCCUGCAGCGCCCAAUCCCCAUCGCGGAUGGAGUGCAGUGGGCAAAGAAACACUAUGGCAGGGCUCCGAGGACGAAAACGGCCACCAACGGCGAACCGAUGGCUACCAGGAAUAUCGCGAAUCCUUCGACCAAGGCGCAGCCAACGAUACUCUCUUCCCGAAUCGAUGGGUGGAGGAGACCGAUCUACCGGGCUUUCGUGCCUUCAUGGAAGACAUCUAUGACCGAUUCCAUGAACUCCAUGCCGACCUGGUGCGCGCCAUUACCACGGCAGUUGGGCUGUCGGCGGACCAUCUCAUCGCCAAACAUCAGACCAACACCAGCGAGCUCCGCCUGCUGCAUUACCCGGCGAUUCCAUGCCACACAAUGCGGGCGGGCAAGCGCAUCGGCGAGCAUUCGGACUUUGGAACCCUGACUCUGCUGCUUCAGGAUGCCGUGGGGGGAUUGCAGGUGGAGGAUCAACGCCACUCAGGGCAGUUCAUUCCGGUCGAGUCGGAAAAUGUCUACGAAGUGAUCGUCAACGUUGGAGACUGUCUGCAGCGAUGGACGAACGGGGUGCUACGGUCGGCAAACCACCGGGUCACUGUGCCGGAGACCAUGAAUGCGAAUGGAGAGGCGGGAGAUGCGAUGCUUCCUCGCCGGCAUUCGGUGGCGUACUUUGGGAAGCCCGAUCGCCAUGUCCUGGUGGACACACUGCCGGAGUUUGUGCGGCCCGGUGAACAGGCCAAGUACACUGAUGGUUGGACUAUGUUGGAGUACAAUCAGCGCAAGCUAGUGCGCACUUAUGCUGGUUGA